UGGUUGUAUGCAUCCUUAAGAAAUUCCUAACCUAAACAAACCAAAUUCUGAAAAAUACUAAAUUGUCAAUUCAAUCUGUCAGAAAUUUAUUUCAGUGACUUCACAAUUAUUAGCUUAAUUAUAUGGUUUUAUCUGUAAAAGAAUUCAAUGGCAUCUUCCCGUCUCCAGGCUACUGCGCGUCAGUUAUCAAAAACAUUUAAGAAAAAGACUCGGUUUGAUAUUGGUAUUGCAUCAGAGCUUCCUCCAGCCUACAAAAAAUUCUGGCGUGAAUGGAAAGUCCUUAAGCCUGCAGCAGUUCACUUCGUGGCUCAAGAGGGGAAGUGGAGACGUGAUGAGCUGACAGGCGAGACCCUGCCAAUACAGAACAUACCAAUACCUAUCAAGUAUCCUGCUGAGAUACACGAGGGAAUAUGGGGUGGAGAAGCUGUAGUCAAAGGUUUCCAAAAGCGAGAUCCGCAGAGGCGUAGAGUACCUCAUUACUGGGUGCCUGUAUUGAAAAGGACUGUAGUGAGAUCAGAAGUUCUCAACACCCAUCUCUCAGUCACCGUGACAGAGAGAACAAUAAAACUCAUCAAUGAUCACUAUGGAUUUGAUCAUUACCUGCUCAAAACACCAGCCUGCGACUUAGUGUCCAUGUUAGCUUUAAAAUUAAAAAAGCAAAUAUUAACAGAAUUGAUGAAUGGAUGCCCAAGAUAUGCACAUGAUCCUGCAAAGCAGAAAGAAAUUUAUAAGGAGUACAAAACAUAUUUGUCAUCAUAUACACCUGAAGAAAUUGAAUGGUAUGGUUUGUCAUGGUAUGAAGCCCUUACCAAAGUUGCCAAACAGAAAGAAGCUGAAAAUAAACCUAUACCCCUAAAAAAAGUCUAUAGAAAAAACCUUGUAGAAAAAUUGAAAGCUGCAGGACUAGAGGAAAACAAGGGUUCAGCUGAUGAAAUAUCUACCACAACUUCUUGGCUAUCAAAAAUGAAUCCAUUUGGCAAGAAAGACGAAGCUUAGUUGCAGAUAGUAGCUCAUAUUUAAUUGAAGUGCAGUUUGUGAAACUUGUUAAUUUAGAUGGAAUGUAAUUGAAGUAGAUGUGUUUAUUGAU